CCUCGAGAGCCACUUGCGGUUCUUCUCUUCGGCCUUCGCUUCUUCUUUUAUGCAGGACAGAAUUGAGCACCGUUCCUUAUUGCUUUUCAGUUAUGGGCGCUUUAUUCUCUACCCAUAGGGUGUUUUGUGGAAAAUUUUAAGGGGUGAUUCUAGAAGCCAAAAUAAUUGCAAAAGUCAAGAAUAAAAGAAUUGUAUCUGGAGCUCCUUAUACGCAUUAAAAUGUUUCUCAUACAGUAGUUGAACACCCUGUAUAUUACGCUGUAUGGUCACCCCUGAUAUACAGGUGUAUGUAAUAUACACAGACAUACAUUGUUCGUACACAUAUUAGAUGUUAAACCGAUUACAUAAUUUUUUAGAGCUCUUAUCAUUAUUCUCUAACUUCAAAUUAAUCAUUUUAUUCGAAAGCAAAUUCACAUUUAACAUCAAAAUUUAAUUUAGGCUAUCUGGAUACAAAAUUUUUAGUUUUUCUCUUUUAAAUUGUAUUUUGUCAGUUUAACGCUUUUAUCUGCGAUUCCAAUGAAGACAUAAAAUUAUCAUUUAGUUGUUUACAAAAAGUUCAAUCAUAUUGAAAAAUGACAACUAUCGAGGCCGGAUUAUGCAGAUAUCCACCCAGCAUCCCUUCGCGUUGCAGUUCAAGGAAGUGUUGCGUUAAUCCCUGUCCACCUUGUCUGAAUAUCAAACCACCAGGCAGUAACGGCACUUCCUCGGUUCAUUUUCAAGUCACAUAUACUUGUAAUGGGUACGUUGAUUAAAUUUGACAGGAGUAUAAAGUUACAUACGUAUAUAAUAUUAGAGAUUUUUUAACAGCCCCAAAUUCUUGCCCUGUUAUUACCCAAAACCCAUAUGCUGCCAAAUAGAAUGUCCACCAAAGAAACCACCUCCAUGUUAUGCAAGAUUACUCGACAGUUGCGGAAACCCAAUUUGUGUAUAUUUCUAAUGAUCAUACAACAAAAGAACUGUUAAUUUGUUACUUUUUUAUCUGACUGUGAUUAUGAAUUGUGAAGUAUUUUAACUCUGAUCUUUUAAAUGUUAUUUUAACUAGGAAUUCAGUUAAUCAUGUACGAGAAUGUAAGUUCUAUUGUAUGCUCGAUAUAAUCAUUAGAAUUUCGUUACAUUAGGUACUUCAGUUAUGAACAAACAAAUAAAUUUGGAUACUUAAGACUAAGCAUGGUAUUAGAUUGACAUUAUUAGUAAUUAAUAUCCGUAUGUAGUAAUUUUGUUAAACAGGUUUUAUUAUAUUUUUACCAUCGCUUCUGAAAGUUAAAUUCUAAAGAUAUUAAUCAUUACUGGAAACUAGUUUUUGUAUUAUGGCCGAGAUAUUAUAUCUCAUGCUUCUGUAAUUUUGUGUGUAAUUGAUUAACUCGUCUAUUGAUCUUCAUAUGCAUAACAUAAUACAUCAGUGUGAAUAUGUUCGAUUUAAAACAGACAGCAGGAACAAAAGAAAAACAUAAUCGAGUAAAUAUAUCUGCAGACAUAUUCCUUGCGUUAAAUUCUAAGACUGUCAGACAUAAUACAUUUUCUAAAUUUUCAAGUUACUUGAAACAUGCAUUCUUCGUUGGAUUAUUUUUAAAACUAUUGUAGUGUAUUUUCCUGUUAGGGAAACGUUAUUUCAGCAAUUUCUUGCAAUAAGCUCGGUAAAUGAAAAUGUCUUGUUACGAAGAAACCAAGUACGUCAGUACCUUACCUCCGCCAUGUUGCCACCCUAAGCCUCCGCCGUUCUGUUGCCCAAAAUACGGCUGUCCACCUGUCCAACAAUAUCCGCCUCCGAAAUGCUGUUGCCCUUCCCCCUGUCCGCCUUUUAUAUGCAGACAAAGACCAGAACCAUCGAAACCGCCCACCUUAUACGUGGUCGACUGUUUGCCUCCUCCUGGUCCAAAGCCAAUCGAGUGUUGUCCUCCGAAGCAGAUACCACCGAAUUCUUGUGUACGAUAUUGUGUUCUCUCUACAUGUGGGGGUUGCACUUAUGCUCCUUGCUACUUUACGAAGAUUCCUACGUGUAUCUGUUCACCAUGCUGCUGACUAUCGAGCUUUAAAAUUAUUUUAUACUUCGUAUCUUUGAUUACCUUACUGUAUAAAUUUCUAAGAUCUGUUGAGAUACACUGAUGUUUUACACAUAAAUAUUACAAUCAGUAGUAGGUCAAUAAACUAUCAAUAUGAAUACACCUAUGUGUAUCUGUUCAAUAUGCUACCGACUGUCAAGUUUUAAAAUUAUUUCACACUUCGUACCUUUCAAGUUCUUUAAUAUUGAAUUAUACUGCUGUCAGUUACAUGUCUGUCAUUACAUGAUCGGGGGCAGGUAGUAUCAUUAUAUAAUCAGUGGUACGUGAAUAAAAUUAUAAUCAUAAACCCUGUCGAUACUUGAUUCUCUCACGAAGAAUAGUUACAGAGUUUUUCUGAAGAGUAAGGCCUGAUAAAAAUUUCAUAAAAGAAUUGAUGACGUCCUGUUAUUUUAUAAAAUAAUUAACUUCCCAAGAAGGAAGAAAUGUACAUCGUAGUAUACAGUUGAAAUCAUAAAUGUAACUACAAGUUUUUUCUAUUGAUUCAAUUUCUAACGCGUUUUGGUUCUAAAUAGAGAACAUCGCAGAGGGUAAUUGAUAGAAGCAACAAAUUACUUGAAUAUCCUUUAGGAUGUUGCGAAAUAUGGCAACCCUUCCCGUAAAGCAAGCAAUUAAUUACGUAAGUGAGUUUGAAAUUCCUACAAUCCGCGACGACGCGACGCAAGUCCGCGGAGAGAUCCUGUCCCUUUCGUAAUUAUUUCGAAGCCCAAGGAGAAUCCGAACAAUGUAAUCGAUAUUGUCGUAACUCUAGCACAGAAGCGUAAGGUUUCAGUUUUGGUUAAUUGACGAUCAAUGUUUACUGUUCAGUCGGGCUGGCUGACGUGGCGACCGUUCGCAUAAGAGAAACCUGGAAACCAAACUGUACGCGCUCUGUUUUGCUAAAUUACGCAGCAAGAAAUUCCAUUGAAAUUAGAAGGUAUUCACCAGUAAUGAGUUUUCAUAACUAAUAAUACUUCGUAGCUGGCGCCGCCAUUGCUGACGUUCGCCUUCGUGUCCGCCGCCUGCACCCUUUAUUGUCUCUCCAAACUAAAUCAAUCCAUGGCGAUUGAUGGGUCUGUUGAUUCUCAUUCGGAAUUCCAGUAAAAAGGAAAGGAUAAAAAAUAAUCGGUUAUUUCGUUAUUAUAAAACGUCGACCGUGAGAAAAUAAAAAGUUGUCAUAUAAAAACGAGGGAAUCUAUUGAACGGCAUGAAAGGAAAUAGGGAAAGUAAUAAAAAAAGAUGGAAAGGGAAAUAGCAGUGAUACAAGCGUAUUAUGGAAUCACCGUGAAUGGAACAGUUUUAUGCGGUUCCAAUUUUAGCGAGCGGCUCCAAUAGCGCGCGGGUACGAUUUCGUGUCGCGAGAGGGUUGCAGCGUCAGAAAUAAUUGAACGCUGAAAACGUUUUUAGAAAGGGGCCAACCCGAGCCAGUGGUUCGUUUCGCGCUUUGUGCCUUCGAUUAAUUGACCGUUCUUUUUACGCUGGCAUGCUGUACUAUGCACGCCGGGGAACGUUUAUUGUCCUGAUUGAACAAUUGACUCCCGCACUUUCCACAUUUUAAAAUAUUCCCCAGAAAGCAAUAGAAACUUGAAAUCGCUUCUCUUCAAUUUUUAUAUAAGAAAAUAUUAUAAAUGGAGGUUUUAUA